GUGAGCCGCCUGCCUGCAGGAGAGGAGCAACUUCUCCGCGUCCGCUCACUCACUGCUGCUGCUGCUGGAUGCAGAGAAGAGAGUGGAGACCUCAGUCCGCGCAGCGACGCUUCAGAAGCGCACUCACUCUUUCCGCUGGACAGAACUGAAGGAGGAGGAGGAGGAGAGAGAGAGAGAGAGAGAGAGAGAGAGACAGAGAGACAGAGAAAGAGAGGUCGCCCCAGAAAAGUAGGCGAAGGAAACCAGGAGCGCUACUCAGAGCAGCUUCCGAGAGGGUGUGGGAGAGGAGGGACUGCAGCCUGCAUGGCCUACACACUGGGCUCAGGACCCAACGCGGGCCCUGCCAUUGGCCCUCAGCAUUGCAUCACUAAGGUGGAGCUCUCUGUGUCCUGCUCUAACUUGCUGGACCGCGAUGUGGCCUCCAAGUCCGACCCCUUCUGCGUACUCUUCCAGGAGGUGGACGGCAACUGGGUGGAGCUGGGACGAACAGAGACGGCGGUGAACAACUUGAACCCAGUAUUCGGAGAGAAGUUCCAGGUGGACUAUCACUUUGAGGAGGUCCAGAAGCUUAAGUUCGCUAUGUUUGACGAGGACAAGUGCAGCAGCCAGCUGUACGAGCAUGACUUCCUGGGAGAGUUUGUCUGCACGCUGGGAGUGAUUGUGUCCAAUAAAAAGCUUCAUCGGCCUCUUACCUUGGCCAAUGGCAAACCAGCAGGGAAGGGAGCCGUUACAAUAACAGCUCAGGAGUUAUCAGACAACAGAAUAAUCACCCUGUCCAUGUGUGGAAGAAAGCUGGAUAAAAAAGAUUUCUUUGGUAAAUCUGACCCUUACUUAGAAUUCCAUAAACAAGGAGAGGAUGGGAAAUGGAUGCUGGUUCACAGAACAGAGGUGAUAAAGAACACUCUGGAUCCAGUGUGGAAGCCCUUUACAGUGCCACUAAUCUCUCUUUGUAACGGCGAUGUGGACAGAAACAUUAAGGUGCUGUGCUAUGACUAUGAUAAUGAUGGAGGCCACGACUUUAUUGGGGAGUUUCAGACCACUGUCACCAAGAUGAGUGAAGCGCAGAACUCAGUAGAGGUGGAGUUUGAAUGCAUUAAUCCUAAAAAACAGAAGAAGAAAAAGAACUACAAGAACUCUGGCAUCAUCAUUCUGAAGUCAUGCAAGAUUACGAGGGAUUAUUCGUUCCUGGACUACAUCCUGGGAGGCUGCCAGCUAAUGUUUACUGUUGGCAUUGACUUCACAGCCUCCAAUGGGAACCCUAGGGAGCCGUCCUCUCUACACUACAUCAACCCGCUGGGCAGCAACGAGUAUCUCUCUGCCAUCUGGGCCGUGGGACAAAUCAUACAGGACUAUGACUCAGACAAAAUGUUUCCUGCACUUGGAUUUGGGGCUCAACUCCCACCUGACUGGAAGGUUUCUCAUGAAUUUGCUAUCAACUUUGACCCCACAAAUCCAUUCUGCGCAGGUGUUGAGGGCAUCGUUCAGGCGUACUCAAACUGCCUGCCUCACAUCCGCUUUUACGGCCCCACCAACUUCGCCCCCAUAAUCAACCACGUGGCCCGUUUUGCCUCCCAGGCCCUGCAGCAGGACACGGCAGCGCAGUACUUCACUCUGCUCAUCAUUACCGAUGGUGUGAUCAGCGACAUGGAUGAGACACGCCACGCCAUAGUGCAAGCUGCCAAACUGCCCAUGUCCAUCAUCAUUAUUGGUGUGGGCAAUGCCGACUUUGCGGCUAUGGAGUUCCUGGACGGAGACAUUAGUGUGCUGCGCUCUUACACGGGAGAGGAAGCAGCCCGGGACAUAGUGCAGUUUGUCCCAUUCAGAGACUUUCGCAACGCUCCGAAGGAAACUUUAGCCAAAUCAGUGCUGGCCGAGCUGCCUCAACAGGUCACACAGUAUUUCAAACAGAGGAACCUGUCGCCUAGCAACACACUGCCAGAGUGAAAGCUUGAGACCUCGAGUUCACACUGCAUGUUGCCAAAAUCUACUGUUUACAAAAACCCUUGACCAAUUUAAAGGACAAAAGUGCAUGUUUUUUUUUUCUAUAAAUAAUUGUUUUUAAUAAAUAAAUGUUUUUAUUUAUUGGCUUACAUAUGCCACCUUAUCAAGAUGCAACGUGAGGUCGUUUUUUUCGUGCCAAACACUAACUGCUUCUGUAAUAUAUAUGAGGGAAGAGAACCUUUGACUGAAUGUAACUUUAUACUUCUGUUCUGUGUUUUAAGAGAUGAUAUUAACAAGAGUUUUAUGUACCUUUUUCUGUAGUGCUUUGUAAUUUGUGUUAAUUGUAUAGUAUCAUGGUCAUGGUGAUGUUCUUGCUUUUAUACAGUUUGGUCAGUCAAUUACGUUACAGUACUCAGGUCAAUAAAUUUCGAUUGAGGUGUU